GGUGCUUCAUAGGGAAGUAGAAACAUGGGAGGAGGAGGAGGAGGAUGGGGUCUGUGACUCCCAGAACUACCUGGCCCCUGCUAGGGAUGUUGUUCUUCAGCCUGAUCACCUCUCUGUGAACUAAGUGAUCUGCAACGUGACCCACCUGCCCACUGUUCUGCAGGGCCUGUUGGAGAUGACUUGUUCCAUUGGCAAGCAACUAUUAUGGGACCUAUUUGUACAGGUCACAAAGAUGUUGUGUGUUUUAAAAACUCCCUGAUGUCAUCAUGAUCAGCUGAGUAAUGCUGGAAAACCCUACUCUUUGCACCUGCAAAGAGAAAUCACUUCUUAAGCCUGAUAGUGCAUAUCAAGGGGGAGUGUUUUUUCUCACAGUACAUUUUCCAACAGACUAUCCUUUCAAACCACCAAAGAUUGCUUUCACAACAAAAAUAUACCAUCCAAACAUAAACAGUAAUGGGAGUAUUUGCCUUGAUAUCCUGAGGUCACAGUGGUCACCAGCUUUGACUGUAUCAAAAGAGCAGAGGCUCCUGGGGAGAGGAACCACACCCAGAACACAGUGCCAGAGGAGAGAGACUGCAAAGCUUCCCAGGCAGGGAGGCCUGAGAUACCCUGAGUCAGCAAGGGAGAGACUUCAGAGAUCCCAGCAGCAGAGAAGCCUGGGGACUUGUGGCAGAAGGAGAAGGCUUGUUUGCAUACCAUGUGUGGCAGUUGAUUAAAUAAACCCAGACCCCUGUAGGGGCAUUGUUC